AUGACCCCCAACUGGUCCCAACUAUGGACCUUCAUCACCAACCCCAAAGACACCACCAGCACUAGCUCCAUCUCCCCUUCCCCAUCCACCCUCCGUCGCAUCAUCAAAUCCCUCUCCCUCCUGACCUUCUUCUCCAUCCUCCUGUACGCUCUCUACAUCCACUUCCAACCCUCCACCAUCCCCCAACCCCCCGACAUCCCAGAAUCCCCAGACCUCCCUCCCCCCUCCCCAGAAGACACAUACAAAUCCAUCUACGGCUACCCCCCAACCAACCCCACCAUCCCACCCCUUCACAUCCACGACCCCAGCAUUCUCUACGACCUCCCCACAAACACCUACUACGCCUACGGCUCCGGCCCUCACAUCCCCAUCCACUCCGCCCCGACCCUCCAAGGCCCAUGGACCAAAGUCGGCUCCGUCCUCGACGCAGAUAGCAUCCUACCCAAAGGGGAUCGCAAAGCCCCCUGGGCACCGACCGCCCUCCUUCACGACGGCAUAUUCUACGUCUUCUACGCCACAAGCCAUAGCGGAUGUCGCGAUAGCGCCAUCGGCGUAGCCACUUCAUCCACCCCGGGCCCCGGGGACUGGGUCGAUCACGGCGCGAUAGCUAUCUCCGGCCGGGGGGAACGGGGGAAGGAGUUUCCAUUUGAUAGGGCGAAUGCGAUUGAUGUAAGCGUUGUGGUGGAUUAUACUGACACCAUCACUCAAUCUCAACCCCAGCUCUCCGAGGGAGAGCCAUCCCUCAAAGAAGGCGGCGGUGAAAAGAAACCGAAAGGAAAAGGAUACAUGACCUUCGGCAGUUUCUGGACAGGGAUAUGGCAAGUCCCGCUGAAGCCUAACCUGCUCCAUAUGGAUAAGCAAGGCAACGAAGAAGAAAGGGUAAAACAUCUAGCCCAUGAACCCGCAGCCAUCCACCCACCCACCAAAAAAGCCGAUGGAUUAUGUGGCGAUAUGACGGGCAUGCAUCCCGUCGAAGGGGCGUUUAUAUCCUAUCAUGAGCCAUGGUGGUAUCUGUGGUUUAGUUGGGGGAAGUGUUGCCAUUUUGAUCCGGAGAAGUUGCCCAAGGCUGGGAUGGAAUACAGCAUCCGCGUAGGACGCUCACCUUCCCCUCAGGGACCAUUCGUGGAUAAACAAGGGAGAGAUCUCGUGGACGGUGGAGGAGAGAUUGUGUAUGGCUCGAAUGGGGAUGUUUAUGCGCCUGGGGGACAGGGUGUAUUGAGUGGGGAGGUGGAGGGGGAUGUGCUUUAUUAUCAUUAUUUGAAUAAAUCUGUGGGAUAUGAGUUUAAGGAAGCACGGCUGGGAUAUAAUUAUUUGACGUAUGUGGAUGGGUGGCCGGUUCCACUGUGA